CUAACUAGUGGGCUACAGCCUCAGCCUCAGACUCAGCCUGGUUCUUUGUGCCUGCUUUCAUCCACUCGCUCCGGCUGGCCUCGCUCCAACCACAGCCAACCGUACCGUAUUUCUCCUUCAAGUCACAGCCCUACACAAACACUUGCCCACAACACUUCCUCCCGUACCUACGACACUUCCUCACCCACAACGACUCCUUACGCACAACACUUGCGUUCCCACGCACUGUGUUUGCUUUGGAAGGUGCCCGUCUCCACCGACCAAUCGAUACCAACCGCUCUUUCGACUUCAACCCCCGAUAUGCAGGCCAUCUUCGAAAGCACCACCAGCACCUCGGCCUCCCCGCAGAGUCGUCCGGUCGAACCACCGGAGCGUGCAGAGUCAGUGAGCACGGAAAGCAGCGAAUUCGCGCAGCCGUGGUUCGACACCACCGGAUACCUGCCACACUGGUUCCAAGACGGCUCGCUCCAGUACAAACUCCGUCGCGAUCGCCACCACGCCCGCCAGCCCUUUGCGCUGCAUCCCCCGGUGCAGGCCGCCCCCUCCACCGCCCCCGCCACCGCCAAGGACCUCAAGAAAGAACGCCGCAGAAGUCGCAAGAAAUCGGCAGCCGCCGGUGAACCCGCGGGCACGGACAAGAACCCGCAGCAGCAGCCGGCGAAGACUGGUACCCAGAACUCUACCGGCAACCGUUUCAGGCGGGUCAAGAAGGUGGAAGUCGUGCGGCAGUAUUCAAUCUUGAGGAAGGAUGACCGCUUUUACCAGGGCUUUCUGCCGACCGACUUUGUGGGCUGGGGACAGAACGGGGAAGACGACCCGUACGCUCCUGGGUGCUGGGAUUCGUCCGACGAAGAGGCCGAAGGCAGUCAGUCUGAGCACGACGGAAAGAAAGGUGGAAGCUCUACGGAGGACGAAGACGGAAGCUUGACGGGCAAGUUCUUGUGGUAGGAUGGUGGUGGGCGCUCUGUCGGCAAGUUUGGGUGUUGGAAAGGGUGGUUUCAAGUUGUCCUGCGAAAUCUAUCCUUUGUUGUAGCCCAUUUGUUUGGGUGUUAGAAAUGGUGGUUUCAGGUUGCGCUGCGAAAUCUAUCGAUCAUUUUUUGUACCUAGCCUAUUUUCACGAUCGAUAGGAG